CAGGCAAAUCAGCGAUCACGCGUUUCAAGGAGAAACUGGUGGACAGUCCUAAAGCUGCGAUGCUUAUUCAUGUGGUGAAAAUUUACAGCAGCCUGACCAGAUCAGCCUCACUGAGACAACAACCCCCUCCUAACGCAUCCUUUAGACCUCCCAGGCAUGCAGACUUUGCACCCGCCUUAUCACGCCUAUUAAAGGGACCUCCAGCUGGAGCAGAGGCAGACCAAGGGAGCCGAUCACCUGGGAACAGGUCACUCUGAGGAUAAGGCUCAGCUAACGCAACAAUGGCUCGACUCACAAUCUUUGCAGGAUUGUGCCUUUUGACGUGCCUCCAGCUGGCAUCAUCUACCAAACUGGUGUGCUACUUCACAAACUGGUCCCAGUACAGACCAGGUGUUGGCAGAUAUAUGCCGUCCAAUGUGGAUCCCAACCUCUGCACACACCUUAUCUAUGCCUUCUCAAUCAUCAGCCCGUCUAAUGAGCUGUCCACCUACGAGUGGAAUGAUGACAUGCUCUAUAAAUCCUUUAAUGAGCUCAAACAAAGGAACCCAGGGUUGAAGACUCUGCUGGCUGUUGGUGGCUGGAACUUUGGAUCAUCACAAUUCUCCAUCAUGGUUUCCUCCGCUGCAAACCGCCAGACUUUCAUCCAGUCCUCCAUCAGAUUCCUGAGACAGCACGGCUUCGACGGGCUGGACCUGGACUGGGAGUACCCCGGAGCACGAGGAAGUCCACCAGAGGACAAGGAGAGGUUUACAAUCCUCUGCAAGGAGUUACUGGCUGCCUUCGAGAAAGAGGGAAGAGACUCUCACAGACCACGACUAAUGCUCACAGCUGCAGUGGCUGCUGGGAAAGGAAAUAUUGACAAUGGAUACGAGAUUGCUGAAGUUGCAAAGACCCUGGACUUUAUAAAUAUCAUGACCUAUGACUUCCAUGGAGCCUGGGCCACGAUGACAGGUCACAACAGCCCUCUGUACGGCAGCCCUGUAGAUCAGGGCGAAACGGCCUAUUUCUAUGUGGAUUAUGCUAUGAAAUACUGGAGGAAAAACGGUGCCCCUCUUGAAAAACUCAUCCUCGGUUUCCCCACAUACGGACGCACAUUCCGCCUAACAUCAGCAGCUCACAGCGUCGGGUCACCAGCCAACGGAGCGGCCGCUGCAGGUCCUUACACCCGGGAGGCUGGGUUCUGGUCCUACUAUGAGAUUUGCACCUUCAUCCAAGGAGCCAACGUCCACUGGAUCGAUGAACAGAUGGUCCCCUACGCCGUUAAAGGAAAUGAGUGGGUGGGCUUUGACAACAGGCAGAGUUAUGAAAUCAAGGUAAAGUAUCUGAAGGAACACCGGUUUGGGGGCGCCUUCAUCUGGGCUCUGGAUCUGGACGACUUUGCUGGAUCCUUCUGCGGACAGGGGCCCUAUCCUCUUAUUAGCCACCUGCGCAGCCUUCUGAAUUCAGACAUUGUACCUCCUCCUCCUCCUGUGUCCACACAUCCACCUGAGGUCACUACAAGCCGUCCCACCACCACCACCACCACCACCACAUCUACGACCUCAACAGCCGCUCCUGGAAGUGGUUUCUGUGGCGGGAAAGCUGACGGCCUCUACACAAAUGACAGUGACAGGAAUUCCUUCUAUCAGUGCUCCGGUGGAAGUACGUUCGUCCUGACAUGUCCAGGAAAUCUAGUGUUUAGAGAAACAUGCAAGUGCUGCGACUGGGUCUGAAUAAAUACCACAUAAUAAAUCUGUAUCUUCAUUUUUAAGCUUUUUGCAUGUUAAGUGUUUAAUUUUUCUAUCUGUAAAGUCUAAAACCCAUUUGUCACACGUAACUGUGACAAAUAUAGACUGCAGACUAAUAUCAACUGCAGAACAAUAAAGGCAAGACACCACGCUGAAGGCAAAUUGUGUUUCUUUUAGGGCUGUAAAAGAAAUAACAUGUUUAUUCUCAAUAUCUGUAGUUAACCUCUUGUGAAAUUCCAUUAUUAUGCAUUCAAAACUUUUUUUUUUUUUGAACAAAGGGUAAAUGACUUCCUGAUUCGAUACAGACCUGCUUUUUUAUUCUUAAAGAACAUAAGGAACUUAAGGUAGAUCAAAGAUAAUGACAUGAACAUGACUGCAGAAAAAGGAAUUUGAUAUAGAUUGAAAAGUAAAAUAAGAGAAUGGUUAAAAACAGGUAAAUGUUUGAUAAAACAAGGUUCAGAUGCCUUUG